AUGCCAAAAGAAAUGGAAAAGUUGAAGAAUCAAGAAGAAUUUAGUUCUUAUUAUAUGGGCAAGGAUAGCGAGCCCAAUAUUGAACAAUUAGAGGAAUUCAAUCUGCAUGAAAAACUAUCUAUUUUUUAUAUUCAAAACAUUGUCGAUCCCCUAAAUACAUUUUUAGCAAACUUCAAAAAUAAAGUAAACCUUGUGGAGCUGAAGUUAACAUGGAAUACAAAUAGUGAUAAUUCACAAAAAGAAAGGGAAGUGCUCGAGAAGCUACAACUUUCUAAACAUUUGAAGAAGUUGUCAAUCGAGAGCUGUGGCGAUACACUUUUUCCACAUUGGUUUGGAGACAAUUCAUUAUCACAUAUUGUAUCCUUAAAGUUGAGCAAUUGUGGGAACUGCAUAUGGAAACCUUAA